GUGACCUGAUGGGUCUGUAGUGGAAAGUAUUUCAGCUUUGUGUUGGUGCCGGUUCCUUGUAUUAGAGAACUUGUGUGUCAUGUGUCUUGCAUCUGAUUUAUGAUACGGUAUCAUCUGUAUUUUUUUACUUCUUUGUUAGUCUUGUGACUUAUUGAGCUGGCUGGAUGGAAAGGAAAUACAGCAGUCUCAUUUCCCCAAAUCUUUUCCUCAUGUUCUCAUGAAAGAAAGAACAAUGGUGAGCUCAAGUCACUCAGCCUUUCUGGCACUGCUGUUAUCAUCUGCAUUCAAUGUUGGAUACACCAUUCGCACUUUGAAAGACGGACCCAUGAUAGGGCCUGGGGGAAGGGAAUAUAAAUCUGCUGCAGUAAGACUUGAUGAUACUGAAAAUGUCAGCCAACCACCGUCCCAUCAGGAAUCCAGCAUACAGGUUCAAUGCACCGACACAGAAAUGAUCAUAGUGAUAAAGGCUGACCUGUACAACAACGGACGCAGUGUGUCUCCUGGAGAGCUCUCUUUGGGGCGUUCAGAGAGAGAGGGAUGCCAAGCUGUUGCUGUUAGUGAUGCUGAAUAUGUCAUUGCAGCUGACCUGAGGGACUGUGGCUCAAAAUUAACUAUAUCUGACGACUCGGUGGUCUACUCAAACAAGCUGAUGUUCUCCCCAGCAGCCAGGUAUCACGGCAUCACAAGGAUGACCAAAGCUGCUGUUCCUGUUUCCUGCCACUACAAAAGGACACACUUUGUUAGCAGUCAUGCUCCACAGCCACCAUUGACCUUCUCUACAUCCACAAAGUAUUCAGCCGAGCACUCGGGUUUCUCCCUAAAGCUGAUGACCGAUGACUGGAGAAGUGAGAGGUUCUCUAGUAUCUUCUACCUCGGAGAUGUCCUGCACCUUGAAGCAUCUUACAGCUCUCCUGAUCCGGUGCCCAGGCGGCUCUUCAUGGACAGCUGUGUCGCCACGCUGCAGCCUGAUGCAGCGUCGGUCCCCAGAUACCACUUCAUUGAGAACCAUGGGUGCCUCACUGAUGCGAAAGAGGUCGGAUCAAAUGCCCUGUUCCUACCACAAACAAGAGCUGACAAACUUCAACUGCAGCUUGAUGCGUUCUUGUUCCACCGGGACCCAAGAAACACAAUUUACAUCACGUGCCAGCUGAAAGCCACUUCUCAGAUGUGGAGGAGUGGCCCUAACGCCAAGGCCUGCAACUACUUAAAUUCAAGGUGGAGGCAUGUGGAUGGAGACGAUGAGGUGUGUGGGUGCUGUGAAAGUGACUGCUCUUCCAAAUGGAACCAGAGGGCUAAUCCGAGACGUCUAAUCCCUGAAGAUACCAUGGUUUGCAGCAUCGUGACUUAUGGCCCUGUGAUGGUUUUACCUCGGAAGUAGAUUCAACACAGCUUCCUGUAGACAAUAGUCGACUAUUUUGAUAAGGUUAUGUUUUUUGCUUCUCUCAUGCAAACACUGAAAGCAACCUUGAAGCUGGGGGUAUAAAACACAGAACAACAUGCCAUGUGAGAAGUCA